AUGUGGUUCAGUUUAAUAUUAAUAAUUCAUUACGUUUUGAUUACAACUGGUCAAUAUGAAAAUAUUCUUGAUUAUGAAUGUGAAACAAAUUUGAAUUGUACUAAUCGUUUGGUUAAUUCGAUUUGUGUUAAUAUGAAAUGUAUAUGUCAAUUUGGAUAUGAAUUAAAUGGAUGCAAAGUAGAAAAAAAUGAAUUACGUUAUCGUCGACAAAUUAAUUAUGGUAUGAGAAUGCUGGGUGAAGAAUGUGACUGGAGCAGUCAAUGUCGUCAAAUGCCAAUUGAUGAUACAAAAGUAUGUUUAGCUCAUAAAUGUCAAUGUUCACGCGGUUAUGUAUCUGUUGAUGCUUAUCGAUGUAUACGAGAUUUUGUAUUAGUGCCAUUAAAUAUACGAGUUACAAAAUCAUAUCAAAAUGUACCAUCUGGAUAUGGUUCAACGUGUUCGACGAAUAUUGAUUGUCAACAGAUUAGUUUUCAUCUCGAAUGUAUUCAAGGUGUAUGUGUAUGUUUAGAAGGUUAUGUACCUAUGGGAAAAAAUUUAUGUUAUAAUACUCGUAGACAAGAAGAUUCAACUAGAAUAUCUAGUCUAUUCAGUAUAACAUCAACACGUCAUUCAAUAAAUAAUGAAGUGAUUAAAUCAUUAGGUAAGAUUGGUAAUACAUGUUUCGAUGAUUAUUUUUGCCGACGAGCCGUAUCUCAAUCUCAUUGUUACAAUGGAAAAUGUGCAUGUGUUGAUGGUUAUAUACCAAUUGAUCAAUAUACUUGUAUCAUAGAUAUGAGUAGAGAUACAACAACAAAACCGACACCAAUACCAGUUGAUUAUAAAAGUCUAUUAGGAGGAAAAUGCUUAACCCAACGUAAUUGUCAUACACCAAAUGCAAUUUGUAUAUAUUCUAUUUGUGCAUGUCCAAAAGGCUAUUUUCCUGUGGAUGAUUGGACAUGCUUAGAAGAACCGGAAUCAUCUGAUGAAGAAUUAAUUGAAACAAGAUCUAUCAUAACAGCAACAACAACAAUAAUAACAACAACAACAACAAUAACAACAACAUUCUCGACAACAACUAUGUUCCGUUGGUGGCCAUGGUCACCAACACCAACAAUUCGUACAACAUAUCCGAAUAUGCAAAAUACAUUUCGUGCACGUUGUUUACUUAAUCGACAAUGUGCUAGUAUGGAUAAAAAUUCUCAUUGUACAGUUUUUGGACGAUGUGUAUGUAAUCGAGGUUAUAAAUUAAAAACAACAACAAGAGGACAAUAUUGUAUUCCGCGCAUAAUAAAUGAAGAUGAUUGUGACUAG